AUGACUCCUCUCUAUGGGCAAAAGUCAUCAGAGAUGGUUCCUGGUGCUCCCAAUUUCCGCCUCGCUCACCCCACUGUGAGGCCUCCCAAUGUUCACACAGUAGCAGAUCUGAUUCAGCCCUUAUCUAGAUCUUGGAAUCCUGCUAUUCUAGAGCAAACAUUCUCUGAAGCAGAAGCUCAUCAAAUUAGGGCCAUUCCCCUUGGUUUACAGCGUAUAGAGGAUCAGGUUACUUGGCACUUCAACAGCUCCGGGCUCUAUUCCUCUAAAUCUGGAUACAGCCAUGCUAAGGCAACCUGGUUUGCCUCAAGUCUGGGAAUCCUUUCUCAGAACCUUACUUGUACUAACUUUUGCGAUUGGUGGUCCCAUGUUGUUUCUGUUUUACGUAAUGCUAAUCAAAUUGAUCAAUUGCUGUAUGUUGCUUAUCUUUGCUGGUAUAUAUGGCUGUCCAGGAACUCAGCUAUCUUUAAGCAGUGCUCUAUUGAUCCAAGGGAAUCAGCAAGAAGAGCGUGGGAAAGAUUUACCGAGUUCAAAGAAGCUAAUAAGUCUGCCCUCCCUCCUUCAGAAUCUCAGCUCUCUUCUCCCCUGAAAUGGCAACUCCCUCCAUCUGGCUGCCUCAAGCUCAAUUCAGAUGCCUCUUUUGACGUCGCCUCUCAUAUGGCAACCGCAGCGUUUGUUUGCAGGAACCAUUCUGGUGACUUGAUUUUUGGUAAAGCUGUUAAAUACCCCUGUCGUUCUGUUUUGGCAGCAGAAGCCCUUGCUCUUCGGGAUGCAGUCAGAAGCGCAAUCCAUCACGGUUGGAGUCACGUGGAUUGCGAAUCUGACUCUUCAAUUGUGAUUCAUCUUUGUAAUUGCAACAACGUUGUUAUCCCGUGGGAUAUUAGGCCUAUAGUGGAAGAGAUUAGAGUCCUAGCUAAUAGAUUGAUAAGUUGUAAGUUCACCCACAUUAGCCGUGUUCAAAAUCGGGCUACUGACUGGGUUAGUAAAGCUAGUUCUCUUUUGUACAAUCAGAGUUGCUAUUUGUAUCCUCCUUCUGAUUUAAACAAUAUUUUGUACUCUGAUUGCUCUCCCUAUCAAUGA